AUGCUUCACCCUAGAGAUACCUAUGAAGUAUUCCAAAUACAAUUAGUAGGAGGACAGAACAGACCGGAUGUUAUGAAUUGGGAACCAGAGAAGAAUGGUUUCUAUACAGUUCGGAGUGGCUAUAGAUUGUUUGUGAAGAACAAUGGUUCGAGGCAGCUCGAUGAGGUGUCCUAUGCUGAGGACCAACAGAAAAUGAACCAGUUCAUUUUUGAACAUAAGAUAUUUACUCCACAGAUGGCUAUUGAUCAUGCCCUUAUAGUUGCUGGUGGAUUUAAAUGUGCACAGAAGCAGAAACAAUAUGGGACUGAGAUGGGUCUCUGGGAUGCAACAAGAAAGAUGAUUUUCUCAGUAAGUAAACCAGAAAAGGGUAGUAUGGACCCAAUAGAGGCAGAGCUCCUAGCGAUGCUAAGAGAAAUGGCUUUGGGUGGAGGUGGUCCCCAGAGAGGAACUGCUGCAGCAGCAGCUGCUAACAUGCGUAGGAGGAGAACAACUGGUGGUGGAGCUGCUGGUGGGGCUAGUGGAACCAUGCUCCAGUUCUACACUGAUGAUGCUCCUGGACUCAAGAUUUCUCCCAAUGUUGUGCUUGUUAUGAGCAUCGGAUUCAUAGCUUUUGUUGCUAUUCUCCAUGUCAUGGGUAAGCUCUACUUUGUGCGUAGAGAGGCUUAA